CUCUCCUUGAUCAACCCCACAACUUUUCCUCACACACACUCUCUAGAUAUCCUUCACUUCCUUUGCGCACUUUUAAAUUGGUAUUGUCAGUUGUUUGAGUCGGUUCUUCGGCGCAGCUUUGUUUACAAAUCCGGCGAACCCCGCAAACUCGCUUCGCCGAUCUUCAGCCUCUUUUCGACGGGGGCGCCGACCCAGUUCUAAAUUCCUGCCCAUCUCCGCGUAGAGGACACUCCCUGAUGACGGCACGGUGAGGCGCGAAAACCGGAGAGAUGGCUUCACCAUCACCACCAAAGCCAUGGGAGCGCGGUGGAGGCCAGACCAGUGCCUCGGUUGGACUCACUGGAUCCUCGAGUGCAGCGACAGCAACUGCCCCAACGACAUCAAACUCGUUAAAUCCGCCUCCGCUACCUGAACUCCCCAAUGCGCUGAGCUCGGUAGCCAACCGCAACGCCUCUAACUACUCGACAAUGAACGCGAACCGAUACUCAUCCCCCUACAGCACUUACGGCAGCGGGGGUUAUAGCGCAUAUUCAUCCCCUUACUCGCGCAUGGGAGGCGGCUAUGGAUCCAUGUACGGUGGUGGCAUGUAUGGAGGCAUGGGCAUGGGAGGCAUGGGAAUGGGAGGUAUGGGUAUGGGAGGCAUGUAUGGGGGAAUGGGAAUGCCCGGCGACCCGAACAAUCCACAAAGCCUCACGCAGUCGUUCAGUCAGAGCACGCAGACGACAUUUCAAUUGAUCGAGAGCAUCGUCGGCGCAUUUGGUGGGUUUGCGCAGAUGCUCGAGAGCACAUACAUGGCAACGCAUUCCUCAUUCUUUGCCAUGGUAUCUGUGGCAGAGCAGUUUGGCAACCUCCGGCAAACGCUGGGCUCUGUCCUCGGCAUCUUUACAUUAAUGCGCUGGAUACGAACCGCCAUCGCGAAACUCACAGGGCGACCUCCACCCGCAUCAUCAAAGGAGUUGACUCCGGCGAGCUUCGCUGCAUUCACAGGACGCCAUCCCGAUGGCUCUCCUGCCGCCGCUAAGCCCUCGAAGAAACCCUUCAUCAUGUUCAUGGUGGCCGUUUUCGGUCUGCCAUAUCUCAUGGGCAAACUCAUCAAAGCCCUCGCACGAUCACAAGAGGAAGAAGAAAGACGGAGAAUGGAGGCCAACCCACAAGCAUAUGGCGCCGAACCCCUAGAUCCCAACAAACUCGAGUUCUACCGAUUACUCUACGACUUUACCCCAGACACGAACAUGAACUCCGUCCAAGGAGUCGACUUGGCCGUGAAGAAAGGUGACAUGGUUGCAGUUCUGAGCAAAACCGACCCUCUUGGAAACCCAUCGGAAUGGUGGCGAUGCCGGGCGCGAGACGGGAGGAUGGGCUAUCUCCCAAGCCCAUACCUAGAAUUAAUCCAGCGAAGACAGCAAGCUCAAAUUACAAGCGGAAGCCAGGCAGGUAGCGCAGCCGGAAGCAGGACCCAGACGAUGACCAGCGCGUCCGGGAGCAGAACCGCAACUCUGACUGAUGCCCACGUGCCGGAGAAAGCGCCUAAGAUCGAAGGCAAAGCUGGGGAUAUAGGUGUUGAGAGCUUCCAAAAGGGUCAAUUCUAUUCAUAAGCGACUUUAAGUAAUGGGUACUGAUGCGGUUUCAUUGGCGAGCUUUUCCUUUUGUUCAAUAGCUUCUGGGUUCUUGUGUUUUAAUUUUGUUCCUCACGGAUCGAUUUCUUUUGGGCUGGACUUAGGGACGGGAACUAUGCAGCUUCCCAUACGUUCGUGUACAUCAAUGGGCGUUGGUUUGGGAAAAGCUAUCGGUUCUGGAGCCGAGUUGGAGCAGUAGUUUAUUAGGCAGCUUACUGCACCGAUGACUAGAGAAAUGUUCUUAAGAUAAG